UUAUUGGCUACGCCCACAAGAUGGAGGCUGCAAUGACAAGAGAUGCAAUGAAACUGUUAAACAGUUUCUCUUCUAAAGAACGCCUGGAUUUUGAUGAAUUUAAGAAACUAUGGAAAGAAUAUCACUUUUACUACAUACACGACGUCAACAAUGAGUACCUGGUGAAAAGGGACACGUAUUUGGAGAGUAUUUUAUGCACUUCUACCAGUAUAGUCAGUAAUCCUUCAUUUUCACUGUACAAAAGAGUUGGGGCCAUAUUCAUGUUGUACAGUCUUUUUGUUUCACAGCCAGGGACUGUUAGGAUUCGUCUAAGCAUUUCAGACUGGGAGGUAUUCCAACAGUUUCAAAUGUACCUAAGAUCAGCAGGACAUGCUGAUCCUGAUUUUGCCUUGUGCAAACUCAAAAGCCUGUCUGCUUUCCUCAUCUGUGCCGAAAGGCAAAAACUCUGUCUUGGACAGCACAGUGAGACAGCCGACAAGCAGUUGGUUGCAUUAAGAGAAAACUCACGGAUGGAUUUUGAGAAAAACAUCCUAUCUGACAUUAGCAAACUUCAAGAGUCUCUCAGAUAUUACACGUCACUCAAACUUAAUCUUUCGUAUCACUUACCGCCACACUUACUUUCCACCACAUCACCUUUUGAGGCUGUUGCAACUUUAGAGAAAAUUAGAGAACUGCAAGAGGUUGAAGAAGAUGAAGAACGCGAAGAAGAGAUGGAAGGAAGAAGUAACAUGGAAACUCAGAGACAACAGAUUUUAAGGCGUGCUUAUAAAGCACCUCCAAAGAAAGUGUUGAAGAACAGAGAAGUGCAGGCUGCCAGUUCUUCAUCAGCUCAAUGAGAUUAAUUGACAAUUUAUGUGAUCAGUCAUUUGUGUUUCUCUUAUUUUAUUUCAUUUUUAUAACCUCUUUGCUGUAAACCAUUAUGAUUAUGAUUAUAUGAUAUUGUUGGCUCAAAUCCUA